AGCCACUGGAGAGGUAAUAAACAUCCCCCUGCGGUGUUUCCACCAGGAAUAUUGCAGGGCUUGUUUUGCUGUUCUCUAAGGUCCCGUUGGUCCAGCCCAGGAGCUUGGUCCCAUCCCCAAGAGGGGCUGUCAUCAGCCGAGAGCAUCUACCAGGUGGGAUCUUGGCAGCCCUUCCUACUUACGGGGUGAGACAGAGGAGACAUGGCCCAGUCACAUAGAUCAACGGUGGACUGGACUCCUGCCAAUGGAUCAUUGGUGCCUCACAAAGACGCCCCGGGCACCGACGUCUUCUAUAAUCAAGGGGGAUUCUUCAUCGUCCGUUCCGACCUGGGCUGCUACCUGUGGACAGAGGAUCUAAAGAGCGGGACUGGCAUUAAGAUCCGGAAACUGCACCCCGCGUGCCAGGGUGGGGAUCACUACCUGAGUGACAAUAAGAACCCCCCCAACAUCUAUGUCAUCAAGGGCGACUCCUACCGGGUGGUGAAGGACUUGAGCACAGAUGCAGAGGCCGAGGUCCGUGAGCUGUCUUCCGGCUGCCUUGGCGGGGACCACUACACAUACUGUGGUUCCUGGUUCUACAUCAUCACCCAAAAGAAGGGUAGCCUGGACUAUGUCUGUGACCUGAGCACACCUACUAGUGGGGGCCGGACUCCUCUGCAGCCUGAAUGCUCCAAGGGGCUCUUUUACUUCACCAUUGACAACCUCCCAACCCUGAUCAAGCUGGACGAGAAAUGGGGGGCUCAGUGUUACCUGUACAAAGAGUUUUUCUCCAACCACCCACGCUCUUCCUCCAUCCACCCCAAUGUGCUGACCUUCUUCCCUGGGGGGCUAGCCCUCAUUAAGGGAGCCUCAACUGGUGGCUGGGAAUGCAUCAAGACCCUGCACAAUGACUCCGAUUCUUCCAUCACUUGGUCUGACAAGGUCACCUGCAAGGUGGGCUAUGCCAAGCAGCAGAUGUCCAGCAUUGAGCACAACUGGAGCAUCUCUGCUGAGAUGUCCCUCGGGGCCGGAGAGCUCACCAAGCUCAUCACCCAGUUCCAGUUCUCCUUCAAGACCGAGUACGGCGGGAGAAGCAUCCGCACUGAGCAAGAGGACUGGAAUGAAGCCCAUGAAGAAGAGGAGUCAAUCCAGGUGACCCUGGAGCCCAAAAAGAACCUGUACAUCUGGCAGUACCGCCUCGGCAUAGGCCACAAGCCCAUCUUGUUCUGCAGGGACGUCCAGUUCACCAAAGAAAACAACCCACCCGACCGCAUCCCUCUGCCUCCAGUCCCCUAAGCAUCCGUGAGGAUGGAGAAUGCCUGCACCAUGAAGCUAUUGUUGAUGUGUGUGUGUGUGAGCAUUGGCUUCCUAGAAAUCAAUGGGAUCAAAUCAGUCCCUUCAAAUCCAUGCGUAGUGCUUCCCAGUGCCCUCCUCCCAGCAUGCAAACCCGGCUCAUCUGCUUCCCAUUUCCCUCCUUUUCUCCAAAUCUUGUUACCAAGGUAGAUGAUUUCAUGACAUGUUCUCUUGGUCCUCUCUCAUUAUAAUCCACAGCCUGAAUUAAGCUUCAAGAUCAUUCUGGGGUAGAAUCUGCUGCUGAAAAACAAAGAAUGUAUCAAGCCUGAAUAAAGGUUUGAUUUUUUUUUCAGC